AUGUUUGUCAAGGGUCUAGCUGGCAGCCUGCUGCUUGCGCAGCUGGUAGCUUCUGCUACAAGCAAAUCAACACCUUUGUACAAAGACCCCAAAGCUUCCGUGGACGAUCGCGUGAAGGACUUGUUGGGUCGAAUGACCAUCGAGGACAAAAUGGCUCAAUUGAUGCAGGGUGAUAUUACCAACUGGAUGAACCAGACAUCAGGCGCGUUCAACUAUACGGGCCUUGUUACCAACAUGGAGAUGAAAGCAGGGUCCUUCUAUGUUGGGUACCCCGUCGCAUGGGAUUGGAUUGCGGACAACGUGAAGAGAGCUCAAGACUACCUUGUUCACAAUACAACUCUUGGAAUUCCGGCUCUUGUCCAAUCUGAGGGAAUCCAUGGCUUUUUGAUCGGAAACGCCACCAUUUUCAAUUCUCCCAUCGCAUACGGAUCCUCCUGGAAUAGAGAUCUUGUGGAGAAAAUGGCCGAGAUUGUCGCCCAAGAAGCCCAAACUCUGGGUGUUAAUCAAAUCUUCGCACCAGUUGUCGAUUUGGCUCGGGAGCUUCGCUAUGGACGUGUCGAAGAGACUUUCUCCGAAGACUCUUUCCUCUCCGGGGAAAUUGGAUAUAGUUACGUCAAGGGAUUGCAAAGCAGGAAUGUCUCGGCCAUGGUCAAGCAUUUUGUCGGCUUCAGUGACCCUGAGCAAGGUCUGAACACGGGUCCAGUUCAUGGCGGCGAAAGAGAGCUUCGCACUACUUGGAUGCCGUCCUUUAAACGUGCAAUUAUUGAUGCAGGUGCCUGGUCUAUCAUGGCCGCAUACCACUCAUAUGACGGAAUCCCAGCUGUCUCGGAUUAUCACACCUUGACCGAGAUUUUGCGCGAGGAAUGGGGCUAUGACUACUUCGUCAUGACGGAUGCUGGAGGUAGCGACCGAGUCUGCAACGCUUUCAAGCUCUGCGCAACCAAUCCUAUCGACAUGGCCUCGGUUACCACGCAGCUUUUGGAGGCUGGUACAGACGUGGAAAUGGGUGGUGGCUCCUUUAACUUCCAGAAGAUCCCCGAGCUUGUCAAGUCAGGAAAGCUUGACAUCAAGACCGUCGACACGGCCGUUUCUCGAUUCCUUCGUGUGAAGUUCGAAAUGGGGCUCUUCGAAAACCCAGACCUAGCUGCGCCGAAAGAUAAGUGGAAGGGCUUGAUCAACAAUUCGGCUUCCAAGAAGCUUGCUCGGGAUCUUGACAAGGAAUCUAUCGUGCUUUUGGAGAACCACAACGCCACACUGCCACUCAAGAAGUCCGGCAAUAUCGCCGUGAUUGGGCCCAUGGCUCAUGGAUUCAUGAACUACGGAGAUUACGUCGUCUAUCAAAGCCAGUAUCGUGGAGUCACCCCACUGGACGGCAUCAAGGCAGCCGUUGGCUCAAAAGCCAACAUCCACUACGCGCAAGGUUGUGAGCGUUGGAGUAACGAUCAGUCUGGCUUUGCAGAGGCAGUUGAAGCAGCCAAGAAGUCCGAUGUGGCUGUCGUCGUCGUUGGCACUUGGUCGAGGGAUCAGUCCCAGCUCUGGCAAGGAUUGAAUGCUACAACUGGUGAACACGUUGAUGCCGAUGAUCUCUCGCUGGUUGGCGCUCAGGGCCCGCUCAUCAAAGCUAUUGCAGAGACUGGCGUACCAACAAUUGUUGUGCUCUCGAGCGGAAAGCCAAUCACCGACACUUGGAUUUCGAAUUCGACUUCCGCCCUUAUCCAACAAUUUUACCCGUCUGAAGAGGGCGGUAAUGCCCUGGCCGAUGUCUUGUUCGGUGAUUACAAUCCCUCCGGCAAGCUCUCCGUCAGCUUCCCCCGGUACGUGGGUGAUCUCCCGAUUUUCUACGACUACCUGAACUCGGGCCGCUCCAUCGGAGACUCGGGUCACAUUUAUGGCAACGGGACCCUUUCAUUCGGACACCAGUAUGUCCUCGGCAGCCCCCUUCCAUGGUACCCAUUCGGAUAUGGCAAGAGUUACUCCAACUUCCACUACGGAUCCGUCCGCGUCGACCGCAGCAAGGUGUCGUCGCAAGAUAAGAAGGUCACCAUCAGCGUCGACGUCACCAACACGGACAAGACUCGGGAUGGUACCGAGGUUGUCCAGGUAUAUGUCUCCGAUGACAUUGCCUCGGUUGUUGUUCCCAAUCGCGCACUGAAGGGCUUUGAGAAGGUCAAGAUCCCCGCUGGCAAGACCAAGACCGUAAAAAUCCCCAUCUUGAUCAAGGAUAUUGGUUUGUGGAACUCGCGCAUGAAGUAUGUGGUUGAGCCGGGCAAUUUCACUGUUCUUGUGGGCAGCAGCUCGGAGGACAUUCGGGGAAAUGUCACAUUUACCGUGCAGUAA